AUGCAUGAUUUUACAAAAAAUAGACUUACGGAAUGUAAAAACUAUAAGAAAGUGCUUGAGAGUAUUAUUUUGGAUAACAAAUCAGAAGAGAAUACUAGUGAUAGUGAACUACGUCUUCUCUCGGAAAAUAGACUACACUUCUAUUGCUAUAUUGCAACUGGAAACUAUGUCUUUCUGUUCAAGAAAUUAUCUCUAGCUGUCAAAGCUUUUUGGCUAUCAGACGAAAUCCAAUUUACAAAGUUAAAUUAUGCAAAAUCUGUAUUGAAUAAAACUAUUGAUGAAAUGCAAAAAAUAUAUGAAACUGUAUCUGUUGAAGUAAUAGACACGAUAGAAAAUCAAUAUAGGGAGACUUCUAAAAGGACACUCAAAAAUCAUACACCUGUUGAUUACAAUAAAAAUUUGAAUGAAAUUAAUCUUUAUGUAUCAGAUUAUGAAGAGAAGCAGAAGAUCGAUAAAGAAAAACAACCAGAAUCAAGAGUAAUAGUGGAAUAUGAUAACAAAAGU